AUGGCAAAGAAAGACGCCAAAGCAAAAACUGUGCCUGCUAUAAAGAAACAAAGCGGCUCUGUUGCUGCAGAGCCUACGGCCAAUGCCAUUUCGUUUUUUCAGGAGCUGGGUAACUCCGUUAAAAUCUCGUUCAACAGUUAUAUUUCGGAAACAAAGGACAACCAAAAGUUACGCUUGAUCGAUGCUUUCCUUGUGUUUCUGGUGUGUCUCGGUAUAUUGCAGUUUGUAUUCUGCCUGCUGGUCGGAAAUUUCCCAUUCAAUGCAUUUUUGGGAGGAUUUAUCGCAACCGUGGCGCAAUUUGUGCUUACAGUGUCGUUGAGGCUACAAAGCUUGGAUGCCAACAAAACCGUGUUCAAAGGAAUCACUCCAGAACGCGCGUUGGGUGACUAUAUAUUUGCCAGUUUGGCAUUGCAUUUUGUCGUUCUUCAUUUCAUAAAUUGA